UUGUAAAUGGCGCCAUCGCAUCGCCCAAAAUUUAGGGUUCUCCCAAGUUCCCGCGAAAGAUUCGAUCAUCCAUCUUUCGAGUAGAGAUGCGAGAGGACGACGUAGGGCGAAUCGUUCUCAGAGUUCAGCUGCACGAGCAUCGCCGCGGCAAACUCGCCCAGAUCCCGCUCCUCCUGGAGCUUGCAAGCCCCGAGCAGCGCCGUCCAGGCCACUGGAUCCGGAUGAAAUGGCAUUCUCGCGAUGAGAUCUCGCGCCUCGCUCAGCCUUCCAACGCGGGCCAGGAGAUCCACGAUGCAAACAUAGUGCUCCAUCGCCGGGCGGAUCGAGUAAUCCCUGGCGGAGGAGACGAAGAGAUCCCAGCUCGGAUCCAUCAGCCCGGCGUGGCUGAGCGCCCCAAGAACGAUCCGGAAGGUGAUCUCGUUGGGGUGGAAGCCGUCGAGAGUCAUGGCGGAGAGAGACGCCAUAGCCUCCUCGAUAUGCCCGUUCGUGGCAUACGCCGCGAUCAUCGAGUUCCAGCAGAUAUCGUUCUUGUCGAUCACUCCCGCGAAGAUCUCCACCGCGGCGGCCAAGCUCCCGAUCUUGCCGAGGAGAUUGAUCCGCGCGGUGUCCAGGCGGAUGUCGCCGCCAUGGUAUCCAAGGCAGCGCAGCUCCGCGAGAAGGAAGCGUCCCAUCUUGGCAGAGGAUUUGGAGAUGGUGCACGCGUCGAGAGUGCUCACGAAUGUCGCCCUGUUUGGGAAGACGCCCUCGAGAUCCAUCGUCCGGAAGAUCUCCAGCGCCUCCUCUCCAUGCCCGUUCUGGGCAUACGCUGCGAUCAUCGCGUUCCAGGCGAUGUCGUUGCGCUCCGGGAUUCGAUCAAACAGAUGCUUUGCUUGAUCGAGCUCCCCGGUUUGCGCGACCUCGGCGAAGAGCGCUGUCCAGGAGAUCACAUCACGUUCGGGCAUUCUCGAGAAGAGAUCUCUUGCGAGAGUAAGAUCUCCAUUCUUGGCAGCUGCCGAGAUCAUCGCGUUCCAGGAUACCAAUUCUCUGCGCUUCAUCGCGUGGAAGAUGGAUGUCGCGAGCUCCAGCCGCCGGUUCCUGCCAUAGGCCGUGAGGAGAGCGCUGCAAAUCUGGGGAUCUCCGAUCAGCCCAGCUUCCAGGAUGAUAGAGUGGAUCGAUCUCGCGUCGCGGAGGCAAUCGCAGGCCUCGAGAAUGCUGAUGAGCGCCACGCGAUCGGGCAUGACGCCGCCGAGGCACAUCGCCCGGAAGAGCUGGAUCGACUGCGCGUGAUGCCCAGCGAUGGUAUGUCCGGCGAUGAGCGCUGUCCAGGCGACGACAUCCGCCACUGGCAUCUUCUGGAACAGUUUCUUGGCUCGAUCGAGCGAUCCGGAAUUCGCAUGCGCCGUGAUCGUGGUGUUCAUGGCGAUCGAGCAGUGCUCCGGGAAUUUCUCGAGGAUGAUCUCCGCGGUGGACAGAUGCCCGUUCCGGGCAUAUGCCGUGACGAGCAUGUUCCAGGAGAAGACAUUGCGCUGCUCGAUACUUUCGAAUGUCGACCGCGCGUCCGCGACGCUGCCGCAGUUGCCAUACAUGAGGAUGAGGAAAUUGGAGAGGAAGGGAUCGAUGCGAUCGAAGGAUUUCUUGAGUUCCUCGUGGAAGCAUUUGCCCUCGAGCAGCGAUUUCGUGCGCGCGUAGUGCUGGAUCAAGGCUGCGCAAUCCGAGAUCCGGAGAGGGGGCGCGGCUAGAGUCCUGAGAUGAUUGAGCCGGCAGGGUAUUUGCUCGAGCAUUCAAGGCCGGGGAUUUUAGGGUUCUUGGAAGCGCCAUGGGGGAGACGGCGGCGCCGGGGAUAGUCGGUGAGAGCCGCGGCGGCGGCAAGGAAGUGAUCGUGAAACCAGCGGCAUUUGAGCUGGCCAAGGGAUGGCUCCAAAAGAUGAGCGGAGGAGACGAUUUUGACGCCGAGAAGGAUGACGACGCUUCCAUACCCGAGCCGGAGGCACGGCCAUUGCGACUGGGCCUAGGAGCGAAAUUCAUUCCUCACACUCAAGCAGCUCUUUCCAUCGCAUCGCCAGUGUCGAAGAGACUGCGAAAGCAAAUCGAGAAUGGCAAGCGAGAGUCCGAUCAGCUGGAAGCCGGCCCAGGCGAGAACGAAGCCGCCAAAGACGAAGAAGAAAGUAGAACGAACGCCUUCACCAAGAACAAAGUCCUCCAAAACCAAGCCAUGGACAUCCAAGCCACAACAACAAAGAAGAAGAAGAAGAAGAAAAAGAAGCAAAAGCUGCAAGAGUAGACUCAAGUUCCAGACAAUCUAUCCAAAGAACCAGUCUAUCUCCAAAGAUCUAGGAAGAACCGGAAGAUCAAGUCUAUCUCCGAGAUCUAGGAAGAACCGGAACAGUAACUCCUGGCUUGGGAUUCAUUGAAAAGGAAACAUGAUCCAGGUGGUGGCAAGCCUCACAACAGAGCUCGCUGGGAUCCCACCAUAGCCA